UAACCCAAACAAUGAAGGCUGCCUAUUUUCUAGUUUUCUUUUUUCUCUUCUCCUCCUUCUCAUCUUUCUCUUCUGCUCUAACUGAUGCUGAAGCGUCCUUCAUUGCCCGUCGCCAGCUCCUACAUUUUCAGGCAAGCUAUGACCUGCGCGACGACCAUGAAUAUGAAGUUGAGUUGAACUUAAAGUUUCCACAUCCCAGGCUUAGAAGUGCAUACGUUGCACUUCAAGCUUGGAAAAAGGCCAUAUACUCAGACCCUCUUAAAACUACUGAGAACUGGGUUGGUGCUAAUGUUUGUGCUUACACUGGAGUAUUUUGUGCCCCGGCUCUUGAUGACCCACAGUUAGAGGUUGUGGCUGGCAUUGACAUCAACCAUGCAGACAUUGCAGGGUACCUUCCUGUUGAAUUAGGCAUGUUGAGUGACAUUGCCAUGUUCCACAUCAACACGAACAGGUUCUGUGGUAUCAUCCCUAAGAGCUUUGCUAGGCUAACUCUUCUCCACGAGCUCGACGUUAGCAACAAUCGCUUUGUGGGAUCGUUCCCAGAGGUGGUCCUGCAAAUUCCAAACCUCAAGUACCUUGACCUCAGGUUCAAUGACUUUGAGGGGAAAUUGCCUCCUGAGCUCUUCAACAAGGAAUUGGAUGCCCUGUUCUUGAACAACAACAGGUUCACAUCCACCAUCCCUGACACUCUUGGCAACUCCCCCAUCUCUGUUCUUGUGGUCGCAAACAAUCAUCUCGAGGGCUGCAUCCCUAAUAGCAUUGGAAAAAUGGUAAACAAUUUAAAUGAGGCCAUCUUCUCCCACAACAAGUUUGCUGGGUGUUUGCCUCCUGAAAUUGGGUACCUCUCAAAUGUGACUGUGUUUGAUGUUAGUUCAAACACAUUGAGUGGGCUCCUAUCCAAGACUUUCAUAGGCCUUGAGAAGGUGGAGGAGUUGAACAUUGCACACAACAUGCUAACUGGGUUUGUUCCCGAGAGUCUCUGCAAGUUACCUAGCUUGGGAAAUUUUACGUUUUCCUACAACUACUUCAACGGCGAGGAUCAAGAAUGUGUUCCAUCUUCUCGGAUGGACACACUAUUUGAUGACACAAGCAACUGCUUACCAGAUAGGCCUAAGCAGAAGUCAGCAAAACAAUGUCAAGUUGUGGUGAACAAGCCAGUGGAUUGUGGCAGGGCAAAGUGCGGAGGUGAACCAGGACCUUCAAAACCUUCUUCUCCUGCACCCAAGGAGGAGCCACCCAAACAACAUCCUCCCAAAGAGGAACCACCCCAAGAACAACCGCCCCAAGAAGAAACUCCCACACUAGAGCCACAACUACCUAAACCAGAGCUAUCUCCGGAGCCAGUUCCAGAGACUCCAGAACCAGUUGCUAGCCCUCCUCAAGUAGUUGUAGCACCAUCACCACCCCCACCCACACCAACAAGGCAAAGUCCUAUUGUUCCGGUUCGCCCUCACUCACCACCAAUUCACUCUCCUCCACCACCCGUAGCAACACAGCCAUCGCCCACACCCACACAACAGAGUCCCAUUGUUCCAAUUCAACCCGACUCACCACUACCCCCGGUCAACUCACCCCCACCACUUGUCCACUCUCCUCCACCACCCGUAGCAACAUCGCCAUCGCCCGCACCCACACGACAAAGUCCCAUUGUUCCAAUUAGCCCCGACUCACCACCACCCCCAAUCAACUCACCCCCACCACCUGUCCACUCUCCUCCACCACCCGUAAUAACACCAUCAUCGCCAGCACCUAUAGGGCAAAGUCCCAUUGCUCCAAUUCGACCUAACUCACUGCCACCCCCAAUCAACUCCCUUCCACCACCACCCAUAGCAACAUCACCAUCGCCAGCACCCAUAGGGCAAAGUCCCACUAUCCCCCACUCACCACCUUCACUGCCGGCUUCACCCACAGGGCAAAGUCCUAUUGUUCCAGUUCACUCUCCUCCACCCCCAAUUUACUCACCACCACCACCAAUCUACUCGUCUCCACCACCAGUCCACUCGCCUCCUCCAUUGGUCCACUUUCCACCACCACCAGUCAACUCACCCCCUCCACCAGUCCACUCACCUCCACCUCCACCUCCAGUCCAAUCUCCACCUCCCUCAAUCCACUCUCCUCCACCACCAAUCAACUCUCCUCCACCACCAGUCCACUCUCCACCUCCCCGAUCCUCUCCACCCCGAACAACUCGCCUGCCGAUCCAAUCACUCCCCAGGUCCAGCUUUCCUCCACCACCGGUCGGCUUCGCCCAGUUCAUGCCACCACCCCCGGUCCCUUUCUCCUCCACCCCGGUCCUUUCACCCUACCGCCCGGUCCAAUCUCCACCCCGAUUCUCUCUCCACCCCGGUCAACUCACCCCAUACGCCAGUCCAAAUAUCCCUCCCCCGGUCCACUCUCCUCCACCACCUGAGUCCACUCUCCCGCCACCGGUCGGUCGCCCCCGCCACCGAUCCACUCUCCUGCCCCAGUCCCUUCUCCGCCCCAGUCAACUCACCCCAGCGCGAUCGUCUCCACCUCCCCGGUCCUUCCUCCACCACCGAUUCUUUCUCCACCACCCCGGUCUCCACCCCCAGUUCACUCGCCUCCUCAACCAAUUCAUUCACCUCCACCACCAGUUCAUUCUCCACCACCACCAGUCCACUCGCCCCCACCACCAGUCAACUCGCCCCCACCACCAGUACAAUCUCCUCCACCUCCAGUUCACUCUCCACCACCCCCAGUCAACUCUCCAACACCACCACCACCGAUCUACUCACCGCCACCUCCAGUCCAAUCACCACCACCACCCACCCAGUCUCCACCCCCUCUAG